CCAAGUUGUCCAACGACUCCGUCCAAUCACCCGCUCAUUCAGACAGUAUUCCCAAAUGGCAACCAUCAAAGUAGGCGACACCGUACCCGAGGGGACGUUCAACUACAUCCCCUGGACUCCGGAGCUCGAGAACGGGCUUGUAUGCGGAGUACCUAACAAGAUCCAUACCGAUGCAUGGAAGGGCAAGACCGUAGUUAUCGUCGCCGUACCGGGGGCGUUCACCCCCACAUGCCACGCCAACCAUCUCCCGCCCUUCGUCCAGCGCGUCUCCGAGCUCAAAUCCAAAGGCGCCUCCGUCGUCGCCUGCCUCGCCUCCAACGACCAGUUCGUCAUGUCCGGCUGGGGCCGUUCCCAGGGGAUCAAAGACGAGAUCCUGAUGCUGAGCGAUACGUACUGCGCAUGGACGGACCAGCUGGGGUUGAGUCAGGACUUGACGGAGAGGGGGAUGGGGAAGAGGACGAAACGCUUUGCGCUCAUCUUGGACGACUUGAAGGUGAAGUAUAUUGGGGUCGACUCUAAGCCUGGUGUCGUCGAGAGCAGCGUUGACGCCGUCCUCGCUCACCUCUGAUUACCUGUGCCUGUGCCCCCCACUCAAGCCAAGCCUAGCAAACAUGUACCCACUAGACUAAAGAAGCCGAAAAUGCGUGAAUGACAUUAAGUUAACCAAUGC